CAACAAUCUAUUCCUACUGAUGAAUCUGUAUAUAUGGCACUUAGUCAAACACGUCAGUUACCAUUCUUUGAUUCACUUAUCGAGAUCCAUGGUGAACUUUCACGUCUUAAUUCUCGGAAGAAAUGGAGACCUUACUAUGGUUUAAUUAAACGUGAACGAAUUAUGCUCGUCCUGAUUGAUUUAGACAAAGGAAAGGAAGAGCAACUGGCGCUUUCCAAAUGUGAAUUCUUUCCUAUUCACCAUUCUUUGCUCGACCGACCCUUCUGUUUUGGUAUACUUCUUUACGGUGCAAAUCAAGGUGAACGCGAAGAAUUUAUCAUCUCCGUCGACAUUCCUCGCUUUCCCUUUUUAACUACUUCGCAAGCAAUGCUUCUUCAUCCCUUUGGAUCAAGCACAUCGACUUCGAACGUACAAGGAGGGCUUAGUUCGGCUGGCUCGCUCAACUUGUCUAUUUCAAAUGGGGUAUCUCGCUGUGGACCCUUGGCAUCUGCUGGCUAUGCUAGCAGUAGUGGAAGCAUGUGUACUGGUAUCAGUAACGGUGGCAAUUAUAGCACUACUGGGGGUCUCCAACCUCACAUGUUUCCAAAUCGCAGUCAGUAUCCUCUCGAACUAACUGCUUACGCCGGCUGGCAGUCAAUCCCUCUUUUAGCAGAACAGUGUACAAUGACCGAUCCUUCCUCAACACAAUCGUCUACAACAUCAAUCAACGAACAACAACCUGUCAUUGGGGUAUCCACCAGCUUGAAUGGAGCUGGUGAGGAGAACUUGCCUCCU